CCCGUCGGCGAAGCUUCGGUAACACGAGCACGAAUGCGACGCUAGCGAGCGGUACCGCGAUCCCCGUCUCUAUCCCGCGCCUUGUCUCACCUGACACAAUGAAAGUACGCAACGCAGGGUGAGAGGGGAGGACACGGUGUUCGCGAAAAAGAGAAGGAGAAAGAAAGAACAAGGGAAGGUGGGAGAGAAAUCGUCCGUCUCUGCGAGUCGUCAUGGCUGAAUCAUUGUGAGCGAUCUUCGCAUAGGAAACCGAUAACAAAUGACGCCGCGUGUGUGAUUCACUAGGUAGAAAAAAAGAGUGUCCGUUUCUCGCGCGGCACAGUGGUGUGGCUCGACACCCGGAUCCCCUCGUUCGAUUCGACUCAGUGUGCGAGGUCCGAUCGCCGGACACCUCGAUGCCGAGGCUUCACGAAGAGGAGACGUGAUACAAAGACGGUGGUUUUGUGCGUGCGUGGUGCAAGACUGUCAUUACGUCCGGUUGUGCUACACCAUGAACGGGUUAAGUCUGAGUGAACUGUGUUGCCUGUUCUGCUGUCCGCCCUGCCCGUCCAGAAUCGCCGACAAGCUGGCCUUCCUGCCGCCCGAGCCCACGUACUCGUUCGUCGAGGACGAGGGCUCCAAGUUCACCAUCUCCCUGUCGGAGCGCGCCGAGUGGCAGUACUCCGAGCGUGAGAAGGAAGCUGUGGAGGGCUUCUACGCAAGGACGUCGCGCGGCAAUCGCAUAGCAUGCCUGUUCGUGCGGUGCUCGGCGACCGCGCGCUUCACCAUCCUCUUCUCCCACGGCAAUGCUGUCGACCUCGGCCAGAUGUCGAGCUUCUACUUGGGGCUGGGCUCCCGCAUAAACUGCAACAUCUUCAGCUACGACUACUCGGGCUACGGGGUGUCAGGCGGCAAGGCGUCCGAGAAGAAUCUCUACGCGGACAUCGAUGCCGCGUGGCACGCGCUGCGUACGCGUUAUGGUAUCAGCCCCGAGAACAUAAUACUCUACGGACAGAGCAUCGGCACGGUGCCCACUGUCGAUCUCGCUGCGAGAUACGAGGUCGGCGCGGUCGUGCUGCAUUCGCCGCUUAUGUCCGGUAUGCGAGUCGCGUUUCCGAAAACCAAAAGGACUUGGUUCUUCGACGCUUUCACCAGCAUAGAUAAAGUGCCGAAGGUGACAUCCCCUGUUCUGGUUAUUCACGGUACCGAAGAUGAAGUUAUAAAUUUUAGUCACGGUCUAGCGAUUUACGAAAGAUGUCCACGAGCAGUAGAACCACUAUGGGUUGAGGGUGCCGGCCAUAAUGAUGUAGAGUUGUUCAAUCAGUAUCUCGAACGAUUGAAACAAUUUGUAAACGUGGAAUUGGUAAACUGACGGCGACUCAGCCUCUCCCAGAGUCAGGGGGGGCAAGGAGGGGGCCAUACGCAUGCGAGCAGCCAAGGACGUACCAUUUCCAACAACUCCAACACCAUUAGCUCCAUUUCGACGAGUUCUCCUACGGAGAAGCUUGUCUAGCAGUCGCCUCCCACAGGGGAGAAGACGCCUGUCCUUCCCUGUGACGAAGAAUCAUCCUUCGCCUCUGUAGAUGAUGUUUUCUUCUUUUGCGAGCAACAACAGAC